AAGAUCGCCCGGCCUACUUGACACUAUCACCAGCUUGCGCAGGCUAGAAACUUCGUACUUCGUUACCAUCAGCUGAUGAUCUUCAUUGGUCCUCUGAAAACAUUGAACGCGCACCCAUGAACCAAGGCCGCCCGACAGCCUAGAUACGCAGGCGCUUUCGCUUGUUGAUCAGAAUCUCUGGACACAUUGACAAUAAAAACAACCACCGAUGACCUACAGUCAAGAUCAACCAACUAUAUCUAGCCUGGAAUCCCACCAAAAACCCUCAUCUCCCACUGAUCAACUUCAUCAACGCCACAAUGCCGCCCAAUUCUAUUAUGGAGUGGAUGGUGGGCUCCAAUGUAGCAUCGAGGAAGAAGACUGCCAAAGGACGAAGGCCCAUCUUGAACUUGGAUUUGUCCACAGACGAUGAGUCUGAGUCAGAUAUCAUCAAGCUCACAUACCCGCGUCAACGAUCAGCCAGGCCAAAAAAAGUACGCUUCGACGAACCCCUACCAUCGGCCCUGAAAGAAUCAUUAGAUGAUACGUCCGCCAAAGAAGAAACAGAGGUCAGUACAGAUAAUGCCACAGACACCGAAAUAGGCACGAAAGAAGACGAAGCCACUACAGACGACGAGCUGGACUCCGACUGUCCCUGCUCCAAAUGCGUUGAAGGAAUCAAGGAACUGAAGAAGGCUAAACAGGACAAGAAGGCCGAAACCCCCGAGGAUGACGAUGCAGCAAUUCACGCCAAGCACAAGGCGAAGAAGGCCAAGGCGAAAGAAAAGGUCGAGAAGGAAGAUGAGAAGAAGGCUGAAGAUUCUGAGACAGUUGAUGCGACUGAUGUUACUGAUGCGACUGAUACAACUGAUACAACUGAUCCUGCUGGUGCUGCGACCGACACUGACAAGGAACCAGAAGAAGAGGCUCCUAAUGGCAAGGACAAGGAAAAGGAUGACCAGACGCAAGACUCCAAGGAAAAACCCGAAGAAGACUCUGAAGCCACUGACGCGGAGGCCACCGAGGUAAAGCAGACUGCGUCUGAGGAAGAACCGCCCAAGAAGGAGGAGGGCAAGAAGGAAAAGAAGGGGAAAAAGGGCAAAAAAAAGGACAACCAGAAGCAGGAGUCCAAAACAAAAGCCGAAGAAGACUCCGAAGUUAUUGAUUCGGAGGCCACCCAGGUAACGCAGACUGAAUCUGAGGAAGAACCGCCCAAGAAGGAGGAGAACAAGAAAGAAAAGAAGGGAAAGAAGGAAAAGAAGGGCAAAAAAAAGGACAACCAGAAGCAGGAUUGCAAAACAAAAGCCGAAGAACACUCUGAAGUCAUUGAUUCGGGAGCCGCCGAGGUAACGCAGACUGAGUCUGAGCAAGAACCGCCCAAAAAGGAGGAGAGCAAGAAAGAAAAGAAGGGAAAGAAGGAAAAGAAGGGCAAAAAAACGGACAUCCAGAAGCAAGAGUCCAAGAAAAAAGCCGAAGAAGACUCCGAAGUUGUUGAUUCGGAGGCCGCCGAGGCAACGCAGCCUGAGUCUGAGCAAGAACCGCCCAAGAAGGAGGAGAGCAAGAAGGGAAAGAAGGGAAAGAAGGUCAAAAAACAGGACAAACAGAAGCAAGAGUCCAAAACAAAAGCCGGAGAAGACUCCGAAGUUAUUGAUUCGGAGCCCGAGGUGAUGCAGACUGAGUCUCAGGAAGAACCACCCAAGGAGGAGAGCAGGAAGCGAAAUAAGGGAAAUAGGGACAAGAAAGGCAGUGAAACCGAUGGUAGUAAGGCUUCCAAAAAGAGAGACGCGGUUAAAGAAAAAGAGCCCGCGGCUCUUCCAAAGGCAGCGAAGACCAAAAAGGCCAAACUGCCACCUUAUCUCCCGCCGCCAGAGGUUCGCCCUCCGAGAUUAAUCAUGCCUUUCAACUCACAAGUCUUGCAAGUCGAACACACCCUUGAGGAUAUGGGCGAUCCGAAGCCCAAUGCAUUCUAUGAUACUGAGCAUGGUAUCAUGCGUGUGUACCAUGGCCCUGCGUAUGGCAACACAUAUUCCGCCCUGUACCCCAAGCGCGUAUACAACAGCCAGCCUUUGCCCAUGGGUACUCCACAUCCCAUGCAAAAUCCUUGGUACAGCGGGUUCCCGCCUUCAUAUGAUCAUGGCAAGCCUGAGAUGCCACCCAUGGCUUCUAUGAAUUAUAUGCCUCCCGCACCUCCCCCACCUAGUCAAGGUCCCCAGAACAAUCCCUGGUUUCAGGGAUAUGGUAUGACAACAGUGGGUGGCGCUCCACCCAAGCCGCCCGAGCCUGCACAUACGGGCGAAUCAACGAACCCCUUCGGUUCUCCCCAACCGUGUCACAUGGACUUGGGCUUGCCCCAAAAUAAAAACGUGAAGAACCCCUUCAACCUGUCGCCGAACGCUCAGAAGGACCUGGAUAACCGUUGGCUCUCGAAUGCCAUCCCUGAUACGCCAAGACUUAGGAGUGCGUCAGACAAAGUAAAGUCUAACAACAGUGCCGGGUCAGGUUCAGGACGACCCGCAGACUCGGAUGGGCUGUGGAAUAUUCAGAGUUUCCGCAGCGAAAACGGAUCCAAAGGGUCGGAAGGAAAGAGGAAGGAGACGGUGCCACCUGGCUCUCCUUGGGCUAUGGGUAAAGAAUACACGGCCAAAGAUAGCGAGAAGCUGGGAAAUUUUCUUGCCAGUUUGAGCAGCAAGCAGGGAAGCCAUAAUGACAGCCCGCAGAGAGAUGAUGGCUUGAAUGCCAACAAUAAUGAUGGAUGGGGUGGAAAGGAUACCAAUGCGAACCAGUGGGGAGGAAGUAAUGACAAGCAGAACGACAGAUGGGGAGGAACCGAUGGCCAGCAAGACAACGUCGGCGGCUGGGGCAACAUUGAUAACAAUAUUCAGGACAACUCUGGCGGCUGGGGAGACGGCAAUAAGGAUAAUCAUAAUAACAUCGGCGACUGGGACAACGAUGACAGCAACAACCAGGGCAAUAAUUGCGACUGGGACGAUGACAACAACGGCAACCAAGGCAAUACUGGCGGUUGGGGCAACGGAAAUGGAAACAAGACCACAGGUGAUGCUGCAGACAACAACUGCGGAGGAGGCAACGGUGGUAAAAAUACCUGGGAUCAUAGCCAAAACGGAAGCCGUCGAGGCUCAGCCAGUGUCAAACCACCUUCAAACUCCGGCAAUGUUGGGCUUCCCGGCGCUUGGCCCUCAUCCAUCAAUGCUGACGGCAGCGGCGGCUGGAGUCAGCAAAGCAACCAAGGAUCACGCCACGGAUCGAACGGUGCCAAGCUGCCGUCUAAUGCUGGGAACGUGGCCGGCAAUGAUGACUGGGGUGACAACAAUAACGGCGCCGGAAGCUGGGGAAAUAAUGAUAACAACAACAAGGGUGGUGCGUGUGGAUGGAAAGACUCUUCCGCAGCGCAGAACUCGGGUGGUUUCUGGAACAAAUACAAAGGCGAGGAUGAGAAUCAAGCCCUUUGCGGUCAACGGUAGGAACUCAAGCCCAGGCUAGACUUUCUUUCAACCUGGGAUGAAUUGUGGUGGUGGACCGUAGUGGUUGGGUUAGUUGGGGUCAUCGUGGCGGCUUAUGCAUAUCCAGGACUUGAGACCCUGUUUCCGGGACCGGACGACUCGAUGAACUGUUGGUCCGCCUGGCUGGAAGUGGGAAAUUCCUCGGUUGUCAUUCGACAGAUAGAGCCACAGCCAGGAAACCUCCGCUAGGGGCAGUCUGGACAGGCCGGGGAUUCUUUCUUGCAGCGUAACAUAGGCAACCAUGUCACAUGGCUGGG